CCAGUACCACCGGCCUACAAACUGCUAGACACGCCGAGCUUCCGCCGCUACUCUCUCCACCAUUCUAUUCAACUGGACUCUUUCCGUCGUUUUUUGCUGAGGGGUACAACCUUACCCCUACCGGUCGGCCAGAUGUUAGCUAAGAAAGUAGAGACACCAACAAAAGCUAUGGAAGUUGAGGCCAAAAAGAUGAGAAGGGAGAACUGCUCAAUUUCACUUCAAUUCCAUCCGUUUUUGCAGGCGAGACGUCGGAGGCAGCGUGGUAUCGGGAGUUAAUGUUGUUUCUAUGUAACCCUAGAUGGUAGAAGAAUGCAUCCCUAUUGAGAAAUUGACGCUGGAAUCCAAGAACAGUGCGAUUACAGCACGAGUGUCGCGCCUGUGGGAUUCUUACAGAUUUCACGAUGAAAAAGACCUACUAAGUACAGAUAUGGUGCUCAUUGAUAAACAGGGCUCAUAUAUCCAGGCCUCCAUCAAGGGGAGUAUUUCGCAUUUGUUCAAAAAACGUAUUGCUGAAGGAAGUGUUUACUAUAUUAAGAAUUUCAAUGUUGUUCCCAAUAAGGCCCAGUAUCGUGUUGUUGGAGACAACAAGCUCAUGAUUCAACUUUAUCCAAAUACAUUCGUUAGAUCUCUUUCAGAGGACUCCCUGGGAAUACCAACAUUUGCAAUACCGAAUCAUCGGUUUGAUUUACUUGAUUUUGAUAAGGUGGAGUCUAGAAUGGGAGAAACAUACAUUUUAACUGAUGUGGUGGGCCAAGUAUGUUGCGAGGGAGAGGUUAUAAAUAAGAAUAGCCGUGGAAACAGUAUUCCUUCCUUGAUGCUUGAAUUACAUGAUCUAAGAGCUGAAAAAGUGCGGGUUACACUAUGGGGUGAGAGUGUUGAUAACUACAUGAGACAAAAAUCAAUGCUUGAAAAUGGAAUCAUUGUUGGAGUUUUCACGUCAACCUUGGUCAAGCGAUACAUGAACAAUGCUGUUUUGUCAUCAACUUCAGCUACAAAGAUUUAUUUAGACCUUGACAUUGAUGAGGUUAUUGCCUUAAAAAAGAAGAGCAGUUCUUCGGCAAGGGAACAUAUAAUCCAACCGCUUAUCAUCGAGCAACAAGAAGAGUUGGAUCGAAAUGCUGUUUUAAGCAAAUUGAAAACCAUUGGCGAGGUUUUAGCAAUUACAAAGACAGAUUUUAAAGAUGGCACUCUACUAUUUUGUGUUGCAACAAUAUAUGACAUCCACAACAACAAUGGAUGGUACUACAACUCAUGUGGCUGCAAGGGAAUAAUUAAGGCGUACGGACGAAAUUUUUGGUGCAAGAAGUGCAAUAAGACAGUGAAUGAUGCCAUUCCAAGAUUUCGAAUUGAAUUAGGAGUCAAGGAUGCCACAGAUUGUACGAAGUUCAUUGUUUUUGAUGAUGUUGCUGAGAAGAUGAUAGGACAAUCUGCCCCUAGCAUAUAUGAUAUGCAAGAGAAACUGGAGGAGAAUGAAGAUUCGGUGGGCGAAGUACCUGCUAUUAUUGCAAACCUUAUUGGGCAACGAUGGGUUUUCCGUGUCAAGCUAACCGAAUACAACAGGACUGCAUAUAGACAGAGUUUCACGGCAAAUAAGGUUUUGGAGGAAUCAAAUUUGGAACCACCAAGGAAUGAAGAGCUGAAUUCACCAACGGUGGAGCUGGCGCUCUGUGAUGAUGGACCAAGUAAAAGAAGACGUUUAAGUGAGGAUUUUACUCAACGUGAGGGGAAAGCACUACAAGAAUGAGAAGCUAAAUAUGGCACAACUUCCACUGCUGCUUUUGGUCUUCAUAUUUAUAUUACUGCAAAUAAAGGAGUAGUUUCCCACAAAGAAGUGAAUCUCCUAUAGUAUACGUUACUUUGUUUUGCCUCAUAUUGUUUUUUACAUUUUCCUGAGACUACAUUGGAAACUUAUGUUCUGUCUUCAUUAUUUAAUAAAAGUCAGAGUUUACU